AUGAGAUACUACGCUAAAGUAUCAUUUUUGGAAUUUGAAGAAUAUGGACUGUUAGACACCGGGGCAAAUAUUAGUUGUAUUGGUGCAGAGCUGGCAAAAUAUAAUUUCUCUAAAUUUUUGAACUUUAAUAGAUGCAAAUCUUACGUUAAAACUGCGGACGGUAAAUCUCAGUCAGUUGUAGGUUGGUUAGAUGCCGAUAUUUCCUUUAAAAACACAACAAAACCUCUUAAAUUAUUCAUAAUACCCAGUAUUUCUCAGCGCCUUAUUCUUGGUUUAGACUUUUGGCGUUUAUUUAACCUCUGUCCAGAUUUUAUUGGCUCGCCUAAUGUAAUUGCCCUUAACAGUUCGACCAAUAGUCCUUGUGAAUUACACAGUAUGACUGAUGUUCUGGCAGAUUUUGCUAAAUCGAAUUCUCCUGUUGACGAAAAUUUCUACCCUUUGACUAAUGAGCAAAAAAGACAACUAGACUCAAUAAUAAGUUUAUUUCCGAAUUUUGAUAAGCAAGGCUUGGGUAAAACUAAGUUAAUUGAACAUAAAAUCGAUGUUGGUAAUGCUACACCUGUUAAGCAAAGAUUUUAUCCUGUGUCACCGGCUGUAGAAAAGCUUAUGUUUGGGGAAGUAGAUAGAAUGCUUGCUCUAGGUGUAAUCGAACCAUCCUCGUCUCCUUGGAGCUCGCCUAUGAGACUUGUAGUCAAGCCUAAUAAGGUUCGGUUAUGCCUAGAUGCUAGAAAACUCAACCAGGUUACCAAGAAGGAUGCCUAUCCGCUCCCCAACAUAGGUGGAAUCUUUGCUAGAUUGCCCAAAGCCAACUUAAUCACUAAGCUCGACCUAAAAGAUGCAUACUGGCAAAUUGGCCUGGACGAAAGUUCCAAACCCUUAACGGCUUUUACCGUUCCUGGACGUCCUCUGUACCAGUUUGUGUUCUUCCUGCACUGUGACGCGAGUGACUAUGGCAUUGGCGCAGUUCUGGUGCAAUUGGAUGCUGAAGGAGAAGAAAAGCCCAUUGCAUACAUGAGUAAGAAGCUUAAUGCAGCGCAGCGUAAUUACUCCGUCACAGAGCGGGAAUGCUUGGCGGCAAUGGAAGCCAUAAAGAAGUUCAGAUGCUACUUGGAGAUGCAGGAAUUUGAAGUUGUUACUGAUCAUUCAAGUCUUCUCUGGCUUAUGAAACAACUCGAUUUAAGCGGCCGACUUGCUCGAUGGGUCUUCAAACUUCAACCAUAUAAAUUCACCAUAAGCCACAGAAAAGGAAAGGAGCAUAUAGUACCCGACGUGUUGUCAAGAAUACCAGUUGAUGAGAUUAAUUCCUUGGAAAUUGUCGAACCCGAAAUUGAUAUAAAUUCCCCUUUUUGA